UAUUGUUUCACUCCCACAAGCAAUACCAAUAAGCAAUAAACAAAAUCAACCACCCAAUCAUCUCUUGGACUUCAUACAAACAAAUGGCUACAACUCUCUCGGUCCGGCCCAACCGCGCCAUCUUCUGCCGUGACUCUCCCCAUUUCCGACGACCCCAUCUGCCGGCGCGUCGAUUAAAGAAUACCCAUCUCGACAAACUCUUCAGCCGAGCCACGGCGCUGAGUUUGAGCCACAGGUCAUUGGUGGGUGUGUUGUUGGCUAGCUCACGAGCUGAUGACUCGGCUCCCUCUGAGAUGUCUGUGGAGAACGCUCUGAAAUUGCUGGGUGUGGAUGAAGGAGCUAGCUUUGAUGAUAUUCUUAGAGCCAAGAAAUCUAUUCUUGCUGGAUGUAAAGAUGAUGACCAAGAUUCUAUUGCCAAGGUAGAGGCUGCAUAUGAUAUGUUGCUCAUGCAGAGCUUCUCACAACGAAGAGCUGGAAAAGUUAUUAAUAAUAGCAUUAGAUAUGCUGAUGUUAAACCUGUUGCUGCUCCUCGGCUGGGAUCAGCACCAAAGUGGCUGGAAGCAACUAUGAAAAAUUCCCCAGUUUCAAUUGAAUCACCAUCCACCACAGAUUUGGGCAUACAAGCUGGAGUAUAUGGAGCUCUAAUGGCGCUAACCUAUGCUAACGGAGCUUCUACAUCUUCAACGGGUUUAUAUAGCGGAGCUGAUGUUUCUGGAUUGGUUGUUGCGUCUAGUUUUGCUGCCUCCUUAUAUUUCAUGACCAAAAAGAAUGUUAAGCUAGGGAAGGCAACUUUAAUUACAAUUGGGGGGCUUGCGGCUGGUGCAGUUGUGGGGUCAGCUGUUGAGAACUGGUUACAGGUAGACAUCGUCCCAUUUCUUGGGGUACACUCCCCUGCUACGGUUGUGAGUGAAUUUAUUAUUUUUUCUCAGUUUUUGGUUUCUUUGUACUUGCGAUAGAAAAAGGGCAUUAAAUCUUUCAGAUGCUGGUCACUUGCUUCUGUGAGAUGUGUAAUUAAAUGUAUUUGUGCAAAUAGAUUGUUAGAACUUUACAUCAGUUGAAAUAUAUUGCUUUCAAAUGGUAAAA